GCGACGCCAAUUGAGGCCGCGGCUGUCAAUCAUGGGGUCCUGGCCGGUGACUACUCGCUGGCACCCGGUGAUUGCCGAGGAUCUCCAAUGGGGGGCAGAACUGUUAGUAAACAAAACAUUUCUCCUCCCUGUCAGCUCAUGCAGUGCUUUGAAUGGCUGUGCUCAGCAGAGCCAUGCAAAACAACACAGCACAUAGUAAAACACACCCAGAACACAGUUAACCCUUGGAUUGCCCUAGAUGUUAACCCUUUCCUGCCCAGUGCCAUUGGUACAGUGUCAGUGCAUUUUAUUAGCACUGAUCACUGUAUUGGUGUCACUGGGGAUGUCAGUGACACCAAGUCAGUUCCCCCCAGAGUCAGAAUGUCCGCCGCAGUCCCACAGUCCCGCUAUAAGUCACUG